UUCACGUUUGGUAGAGAAGUUCUCGUCCUUCAGCCAUUUGACCGGAAACCAUCUUCAGGCAAUCACAAAUCGCAGAAAGGAUCUACAGAAAGGCUCUUCCCACAUAAAUGGAUCUUCGUCGGCAUUCCGAGGAUAUGAACGAAAUGGGUAUGUUCUUCAAAGGAUGAAGGUUUUGGAAAGGUGGGGGUCUGGAUCUUCCUGCUUGCAUAAACAUUGAACAAGUUUGGGCCCAUGUACUUUGAUUCGCAAAGCUCAUGUUUCUCAAGCUUUUGAGAAAGUAACACAGGUAGAGGUUUUGGUUGGUUUGCGGUGAACAAACAUAGACAAAGAGUGGAAUCGAAAGAAUGAAGAAAAUGCUUGAUUUUGGGACAAAGCUCGAGUAUCUUCAAGGUAGAAAGAGAGAGAGAGAGAGAGAGAAUAAAUUUGCUAAAUUGCUAAUGCUUCUGUUAGGCAGCCAUAAUCAGAUAGACACAAGCAAUUUUCCGAAAUGAAUUGAGUUCCUUUGUGCGAGAGGUAAACUUUCCUUCCUUCCUAGAUAAUGCCACGUCACCGGAUGUGUAGGGUGUGCAAAAUAGAGGAGCUUUCUUGGUAGCAGAACUCUUUUUCUAAAGUUAUAUAAACGACAUCAUUCAAUAUGGUGUAGCAUAGCAGAAGCGUAUGACUUCAGUUCCAUGAGAGAGCGUUCAUAGAGCAGAAGCAGCGGUAGAAAGAAGAAGAGAUAUGAACGCUCCCGACCGCUACGAACGUUUCGUCGUCCCUGAAGGCACCAAAAAGGUAUCGUACGAGAGGGACACGAAGAUAAUCAACGCUGCGUCGUUCACCGUCGAGAGAGAGGACCACACAAUCGGCAACAUUCUUCGCAUGCAAUUGCACAGGGACCCGAACGUUUUAUUCGCCGGGUACAAGCUUCCUCACCCCCUUCAGUAUAAAAUCAUUGUUAGAAUACACACCACAAGCCAGUCAUCACCAAUGCAGGCGUAUAACCAGGCUAUCAAUGAUAUUGACAAGGAACUUGAUCAUUUGAAGAAUGCUUUCGAGACUGAGUUGGCAAAGCAUUCAAGAGAGUACUAAUAUGCUUUGAAGGCAAGCAAAGGAGCAGCGUGUUCAGUGUUCACGUUUAGGGUGCUUCUUCUCAAUUGGAAUUUGGAAGGGUCAGAAUUUUACAGGAAUUUUACUUUGAAUUUGAUCUUGUGUAAUGGAUUAAUGAACUUCUAUGCAGUCGGGAAGAAUGUUAAAUAUUCUAAUGAGGAGUUUGUCUCUUAUUAAAAAAAUGUUCUAAUGAAGAAUUUGAUCGUAGUUCAAUUAAUAGCAUUUUGAUGUGCCCAGCCCUUGAAGUAAAUUGCAGAAUUAACUGGACCAUAUGGAUCUUUGUAUGAAUGGACAUUCGACUUACCCUUUCUGGGU